CUGCAGGGCCUGCGAGCGGCGCAGCAGCGCUUUGCCGCGGAGCGGGACUGGGGGCAGUACCACACGCCCAGAAACUUGCUGCUGGCGCUGGUGGGGGAGGCCGGGGAGCUGGCAGAGUGCUUCCAGUGGAAGGGCGAGGUCUUGCCGGGCCUGCCCGGCUUCUCUGCAGAGGAGCGGCAGCUGAUUGGCGAGGAGCUUUCGGAUGUGCUGCUGUACCUGGUGCGGCUGUCGGAUGCCUGCGGCAUCGACUUGGCGGCGGCAGCCGCCGCCAAGCUGCGCAAGAAUGCGGCCAAGUAUCCGGCGGACCGCUGCCGCGGCUCGUCAGCCAAGUACACGCGGUACAGCCAGCAGGACACAGGCGCACAGGGG